UAGACAGAACAGGGAGAGGGAGAGGACUCAAGAGAGACAGAUGAACGGAAAAAAGUGUCAGAGUUUGUACAUUUGAAGAUGAGCAGACUGCUAUUCUCUUUGGGAAGAGACUAUAGGAAUAUUGUGAAAAUAUUGCCUGCAGGUCAUAUCUCAAGACCCUGCUGAUUCACACAUCUCAGCUCCAUUUUCCACCUGCACAGAUCAUCUCAGGUCUUGAACCGAGCAGCUUCUUGGAGUUUGAGCUCCUCAGUGGGUCCUGGAGAUCUGUGAAAACCGACACCUUCUUACUACGAUGAACAGACCCUGCACGGAGCACAGCAGCAGUGCAGAGGACGCCUGUCUCUCCACGCAAGGAUGUGUGGAGGAUGUAAGACCCCAGGAUUCAGUCAUGUAUGAAAUUCCAUUGCAGAAAAAAAGGGACAGACUGCCUUUUCAGAUCUUUCCAGAUCCAGUGGAAGUGGUGCUGGGUCCGGAGGGAACUCUGGGAUGCGUCCCGCAGGGGAAGGAGCGUCUGCCCUCCAUCGUGGUGGAACCAACAGACAUUAGCGAGGUGGAGAGUGGCGAGCUGCGCUGGCCUCCAGAGCAUGAAGACUCCGAGGAUGAUGACCUGUUUUUGGAGCAAUGCAUCCCACCAGCUAACAUUGCCGACUGGGGAGAGGAAGAUGAAGAGGAGUCCAUCAUCAGCAGCACUCAGCCAAGACCCUCACUGUUGGAGCUUCAGUCAGAUGGUUUCAGAGAUGAAACCCCGACUCUUCCUUCUGAAAAUGGUCCUGCACUAAACUGAACAACCACAUCACAAUCCAGCCCUUGGUGCAGUCUCUGAUUAAGAGAGUGGGUUUGAUCCAAUUAAAGAACUUUUUCUUGAAUUUUUGAAUGGUGAACUCAAUAUGUACCAUACUAUGCAAUGAACAAUGUUUUUUUCAGGCUUCAGCAUUGCAUUCCAUCAGUGACACCAAUCAGCCUGUUAGUGUGUCAGUAAAGUUUACGUUCUGUGGCAAUUUCUUUUUUUAACUUGUUCUGUUUAGGCAACUGUUUUCAUUGUUAUGAGCAUUAGCUUGCAUUUACUGUUCCUCUUUCACUGACCUUUUAUCUGUAAUUUUUGACAUAUUAAAACACUUAGUUACCUAAUUGUCUUAGUAAAUAUGAUAAAAAUAACUUUUUUUUUCCAGAUAGUAGCAAAACAUGGUAAAAUAACUGUCACAAAAGGAACACAAGUGUAGCUUAGUUACAAUUAAGAGGGAGCUCAACCAUGCUAGUGGUAGCUAGCUAGCAAUUAUUGACUAGCUGUUUCUGUGAAUGACAUGAUUCACAGAAUAAAAAGAAAAAUUACAUUGAUGUUUCAGGGAACUGACACCCCUAAUUAGCCUCAUUAGAGCCUUUAGCCUCAUUAAAAAAGUAAAUAAAUAAUAUUUGAAUACAUUGCGAAAAGGAAACCUAGAUAAAUAUCUAAGUAGCUAGGCAUAAUGUCUGUGUCAGUUAGCUAGCUAACCUUAACAAUUAUCUGUGGUAAUUGUGUUAGCUACCAUCUGACACAAGUCAAAUCAUGUAGUUUAGAUUACUUUUGUAGUUAACUUUUAAAAAAUAGCUAGUUAACUUGCUAUUAGCUUGCCAGAAGAUUGCUAGGUAGCUAUUACUAGCAUGGUUGAGCUUCCUCUCAGCUGUAGUUACACUUGGGUUCCUUGGUUCCUGUUUUAUCCCUUUGCUACUAUCAGAAAAAAAAGAGUCUGUAAAAUGUAUCUUUUUUUUUUUUUUUUAAAGAGAACACUAUUAAUUAUUAUAGUAUUAUAAUUAUUACAAUUAACAUUAAUAAACCAGUAAAACACAAUACAGACAAGCAUUUUUUUCUUCAAUUUUUCCUCAUUUGCUGAAAUACUGUUAAAAUGCUGUUUCUUUAAAUUAUACACACAUUUUACAAUUUUUUUUUACAAAAAAUCUGUGGGGUGACCUGAAGCGGCCUGUGCACAGGAGACGCUCUGACAAUUUGAUGGAUCUAGGAUGCUUUUGAAAGAAAGAAUGGGAAAUAUUGCCAAGUCAAGAUCUGCCAUGCUGAUAGACUCUUAGCCAAAAAGACUGAGCGGUGGAAUAAAAUCAAAAGGUGCUUUAACAAAGUAUUAGUUUAGGGGUGUACACACUUAUGCAACUAGGUUAUUGUAACUUAUUUUUACCUAUUUUCCCCUAAAAUGGUUCUGAUUGUUUUUCACUUAAUUUUUAUACGUUGUAAUUUCACAUUGAGGAUGGAAUAAGUCCUGACAUGAUUUAUCUUGGUUUAAUUUUUUUCAUCACAAAAACCUGCCGUUUUAACAGGGGUGUGUAGACUUUUUAUAUCUACUGUAAGAUGGGUGUUUACAGAAUUUCAACCUCAAAACACUGGCCUAAUAUUUAAGCUUGUACUUAUUAUUUUUAUUCAUUCUUUUGUUCAUUUUCAACAAGCUCUUCAUCCUGGACAGGGUUGUGUUGGAUCUGGAGUCAAUUCCAGGAACACUGGGUUUGAGGUGGGAAUACAUCAUGAAUGGGAUGCGAGUUGAUGACAGGUCACCAUGCACAUAUACGUUCACACACUCAUCACACUCAGGGGCACUUUAGAGUCACUAAUCCACUACCGCAUGUUUUGGGAGGAAAGUGUAGAACCCAGAGGAAACCACAUGGACAUGUAGGAUCAACAUCAUGAUCAAUUGGCAUGGGCGCUGUUGUAUGAAACCACCAAACAGGUCAUUUAGUUGGCACUGACCUUCCCUUGAUCAGCCCUGGGUGUGUUGCCUUGGCGAGGGUGUGUGAUUUUGAAAGACCUGAAACACCUGAGUACGUCACAUAAUAUCACUGAUGAUGUGUCCAGGUGUAUUGCAAGAUGUGUGUUCAAAACAUAUGGGUUUUUGCAUAACAAAAAUAAAAAUCCAUGAAUUUAUAGUGUCUAUAUAGUGUCUCUAUAAUUUACAGUGUGUUUGCUAUAUUGCAUCAUAUUGCCUGUAUGAAAUGUUAUUUUGACAUUAUGCUGAUUCGGUAAAAAGUACUACAGUUUUUCCUGUAGGGUCUGUGUUCUUUCACAAUUUACUGAAAUAUUCAUGUUGUUGUUAUUAUUAUAUAUUUUUUAACUGCAUAGAGGUAA